AUGAUCAAACAGACGACACCGUCUUUCACACAAUUACUAUCAUCUUACCAUAUCAUUUUCUUCCUAUUAUUAUUAUUUAUUAUUUCCACUCAUUGUACAUUGGUAAUGAGCAAUACUGUCAAUUCCGACGACUCAAUAACCAUUGAACAAGAAUGUAAAUAUUCGGAACCAAUUUUUCAAACGCAAUUCUACAAUCAUACAAUGAAAUGGGGAACUUACCGUCCACAAGUCAUUUUUGGAAUGAAAACAAGAAGUCCCAAGCCUAUUCUCACUGGCUUAAUGUGGCACCGCGCAGAUACUGUCGAUGGUAUUUCAAAAUUAAGACAUGAUAGCAAUAUGGAUUUCAAUAACGUGCGAUAUGGAUGGAAUAGACAUGAUGGACAGUAUUUUGCCAUGCAAAACAUUAGAGAUUUUGAAAAUUUAAUUCAAUUAGAUACUAAAUUAUUGAAACAUGUAGAAGAAAAGACUUUUAUUCCAGCUUCUGAGGAUGAUGAGGUGAACACCAACUCGGCAGAACAACAACAAGGUGAAUAUCAUUUCAAUGAGAAGGGAGGGGAUUGGACAGUAAGAAUUAUUGGAAAAGAUUUAAAACAGUUGAAAAACAAACCAGUCUUGUCACUGUGUUUUUACAUUGCAUUGGAAAAUGAGCAGGAUGUAUCACUUCGAAUUUCCGGUGUUCAAGGAUCUAAAAAACAUGGUCUCGCCUCUAACACUCCAAUCAUUAUCAGAGGAAAAAAUCAAGACGUUGGCGAAUUUUCAAUUCAUGUCACUGCGAAUGAGGUCAAUCCAGUGGACGACCACAAUAACUUUUACUUUUAUGGUGUGAAGAAAAAUCCAGGCGACGUUUGGAAAAUUCACCAAGACGUCAAACAAAUGCUCUCCCACCAAAUGAUGACAUCCAUGAAUAGCAUUCAAGAGAAAUUUCAAGAGCAACAAAUGAAGGGCCAAAAUGUUGGAACGUCACCAUGGGAUACAACUCCAUUCCCAAUUGCAACCUUACCGAAUACCAUCGACGAUGAUAGCAAUGUUCUGGUUAUUCAGAAAAUUGUACGCUCACCAUUCGACUUGAAUGUGGUCUUUCUGUCUCAUGAACAACAUCCUGACAUUUUCUCAAAUUAUCAAAUCAAGGAGCAUGCCUUACAUCAUCUUCAUCAUUUUGACGCUAACAUCAAAAAGCUGAAAAGUUGCUUUGAAACCAAAUUCGAAGAAACCUUUCAUUUGAAAGACAAGAUCUUCAAUAGUGCAGGCCAGGAUGAGAAGGAGAUGGCCAUGUAUGCUCUCUCGAACCUUGUUGGUGGAAUUGGCUACUAUUAUGGAGAUUCCUAUCAUCAAUAUGGAAAUGGUGAAAUUCGUACCAUUCCACCCUAUUCACUGUUCACUGCAUGUCCGUGUCGAUCCUUCUUCCCACGUGGUUUCUUGUGGGAUGAAGGAUUCCACUCUCUUCUCAUUCAACGAUGGAACAAGCAAAUUUCCAAAGACAUUAUUACCAAUUGGUUCCAUGUCAUGGAUAAGAGCACAGGUUGGAUUCCAAGAGAGCAAAUAUUGGGUGAGGAGGCAAGAAGUCGUGUCCCAAGAGAAUUUCAAGUACAACACGAUACUCAUGCCAAUCCACCUGUGUUGUUUUUGGGUGUUUUUGAAUUGUUACAACAAUAUUAUUUGGCACUACAGUCCUUAUCGGGAGAAGAGAAGCCAACGACAACAACAACUACUCAAGACACUCUGAAGACCAUUGAAUUGGAUUUACAUGGCACUCAACAUUCAUUCAACAAUCAUGAUAGUAGUAGUGGCGACAAAUCACUGAUUUCCUCAGAGCGAGAGAGUAUGAUUUCCUUCUUGAAGCAAGUCUAUCCCCUCAUGAAGAAGAAUUAUGAAUGGUACCUUUCGACACAAGCUGGUUCCGUACCCAACACAUUCCGAUGGAGAGGAAGAACUCCUGGACAUACGCUCUCGUCUGGACUGGAUGAUUAUCCGAGAGGAAAUACUCAACCCAGUUCCGAUGAAAGACAUUUAGAUUUAUAUUCCUGGAUUUAUAUGAUGACUGAUACCAUGAAUCGAAUUCAUGAAAUGGUGUUCAAGAAACAAGAUCCAAUUCUUGUGCAGAGACUUGAAACAUUGAGAGCAAAUAUCAUGACUUAUCAUUUCAAUAAGGAUAUUCAUUGGUUUAGUGACUAUGCAGGAAAACCAGUUGGAAAUGAGACAAGACCCGAAUUCUCACCUCACAUUGGAUAUGUUUCUUUGUUUCCAUUCUUGUUGGAUGUUGUGAACUUUGAAAAGCAUCCCACUCUCUUGGAUCAUGUAUUGAACACAAUAAUUCGAGAACGUUUGUGGACACCUUUUGGUUUAUCUUCUUUGAGUCGAACAGAUCCAAUGUUUGGAACUAGGGAAAAUUAUUGGAGAGGCCCCAUUUGGAUUAACAUUAAUUAUUUAACUCUUCGUGCUUUGAACAAGUGUAAGGACCGUUCUGAAAAGUGUCACGAAGUUUACACCUUGCUGAGGAAAAAUAUUAUGAGCACACUUAGUAAUGAAUGGAAACGAUCACGAACCAUCUAUGAACAAUAUAAUGCUUUGAAUGGAAAUGGACAAGGAGCCCAUCCUUUCACUGGAUGGUCUUCUCUCAUUACAUUAAUCAUGGGAGAGAUUUAUUAG